GCAGGGGGCAGUAAAGCACCAAUCAACAGUGUCGCGAGGCAGCGCUCAGGGGUCAAAGUUGAACUUAGUGAAAACAUGGUUGAACACGGGGAUAUCCGCGUGGUUCACCGAGGUGGCAGUAAAAUUAACUUCAGGGAGCCUGUCAUAACCAAUGAUUCAAGGUUCCUGCUGUGCGUCUCAGGAGAGUGUGUGAAGGUGUUCAGCACCUCCACAGAGGAGUGUGUCCACGACCUGCGGGGACACACCGACCUGGUGACCGGUGUGCUGCUCAAACCCUCCAACCACCUGCAGGUCUACUCUUGCUCAGCAGAUGGCACUGUCAGACUUUGGGACUUCACAGAUGGCAUCCUUAUUAAGACUUACACCAUUGGAUACCCGGUUUACUCCAUCUACGCAUCGGCAAACCAUGAAGGAGUCAUCUUUAUUGUUACUCACACACUAAGUGACAAAAGAUCUGAGCUGUUCCAGCUGGUUGCAGUGCAUCUUCCUCAGAGUGGAGAUCAGCUGGUGGAGGCUGGAGAACUUUCUGCAGUGCUCAACGACGUCAGCUCCAACCCAUCGUCCAUCGUAUUCGGCAAAGGGGGGGAAUAUAUUGCGUCAGCUAAAGGUUUGCAGCUGGAGGUCUUCUUCUUUAAGAAGCAGAAGUCAUACAGGUUUUCCCUCAAAGAAGACAACAAAAAGGGAGGCAAGAACACCUUCACGUGCGUCGCCUGUCACCAAAAGGAUGACUGCAUUGCCACCGGGCAUGAAGACGGCAAGAUUCGCUUGUGGAGAAACUUCAACCACAAGAAGGAGUACACAUACUCCACCCUGCACUGGCACCACAGUGCUGUCAGCUCACUGUGCUUCACCCCAGAAGGCACCAACCUGCUGAGUGGAGGCUUGGAGUCUGUGCUCGUCCAGUGGCGAUACAACCAAGAGAGCCAGCGAGACUUCCUUCCCCGCUUGGGUUCAGCCAUCACACACAUUGCUGUCUCACCUGAUGGAGCACUGUUCUGUACCUCACACAGUGACAACAAGAUUACGAUCAUCCAGAGUUGUGUUAAAGUGUCUGCUGUCAUUCAGGGCCUGGUCAAAGGAGAAAGUGUCAGGACAGACUUGAUGGUGGACCCACGCAGCAAAUCCCUGGUGCUGAACGGGAAACCAGGCCACCUGCAGUUUUACUCCCUCCAAAGAGACAAACUGCUGUACAAUCUGGACAUAGUGCAGCAGGAGUACAUUCAUGAGUCGGGCUUGGAGCAGUUUGAGGUGGUCAAGGCGGCCUUUGAUGCCUCUGGCAACUGGCUGGCAACAGUGGAAGAAAGAAAACAGAAAGUCGCUGAGCUGGAGUUUAACUUGAAACUGUGGGCAUUUGAUGAACAAACACAGAGUUUUGUGCUGAACACGACCAUCUCGGCCCCCCACGAGGCCCGGAUUACAGCCAUGUGCUUUUGCCAAGCCACCGACAGCCCGACCACCAUGCUGGUCUCCACCAGCAAGGACGGACACUUCAAAGCCUGGCAGCUGACCGCACCAGCCCACACGGAGGAUGAAGGUCCUUCCUGGUCGUGUGAUUUCGUCGGCGCCUAUCACGGCCUGGUGCCCGAGUGCUGCUGUUUCUCAGCCGAUGGUUCUCUGCUGGCCGUCAGCUUUCAGGAGGUGGUGACUGUGUGGAGCCCCACUUCCUGGGAGCUCCUGACAACUCUGUCUCAGCCUCCAAAAGCCAUCAGGGAUCUUUGUUUUGGGCGCCUAAGCUGUUCAAAGUAUCUGCUGGGAACCACCGCCAGCGACUUGCUCUGCUGCUGGAACCUUCUCACCUGCUCAUUGGAGUGGAGCACCUCGAUGGACGUCAGCCUGCUGCUGGCUGACCCCCUCACUGAGAAUAUGGCUGCCUUCUGCUGUCAGGCUGGAAGCACCGACUUGUUUGUGUUUAAGCCCAGUGAGCCUCGGCCCGUGUUUUCCCUUAAGGCCGUGUGCUCAGGGAAGGUGACUCGCGCCAUCUUCGCCCCAAGGGAGCAGAUGCUGGAGUGCUGUGAGGAGAGCAGCCAGUGGCUCAACUGCUCCCAGCUCUACUUCCUCACUCAGUACAUGGACCUCAUGACAUUCACCACAAAGGCGGAGGAAGACCGACUGAUGGCGUCCAGCAAACAGCUUGUAAUCGAUGGCAGUGUUGCCAUGACGCCGUUCUACCUGUUGCUGGGGAAACACCGGCAACAGGAAAAUGAAGACCCACUGAGCGACCUGUCCGCUGAGAGGACCGCUCCGCUGCAGAGCUCUGCGGCUCUGAAAGAGCUCCUGCAGACCCCGGCUCACGUCUUGCCCUCCACGGCUUUCCUCUGCUCAAUAUUUGUACAGUCUCUGCUCAUCUCCGUCACAGACGCCAGGGAGGAAAAUAAACAAGCAGAGGAGGAAAUGGAUAGCGAGAAAGAGGAAGAGGAUUCAGACGAGGAAUUGGAAUACAGCAACCCGAGACCCGAGCAGGCGCUGGUGGGAGAGUCCGCAGCCCCCGCUCUGACUAAAGUCCAGCUCAGGGAACUGAGGAGGGUCAAGAAACUGGACCACAGCUGGCUCGCGGGCCUCCUGCACUCGUGAACACGACCCUGUACAAAGACACUUGCCCAGAUACAGUGCCUGUAGAAAGUUCUCAACACAUCAGUGGGGUUUUUAUGUUUUAUUGUUACACCAUUAAAUCAGAAUGGAUUUCUCCUGGAAACUACAAAACUGAAAUAUUUGAUUGAAUAAAGCUGCCUUCACAUGAUGGGAAGUGUUCCUUUUCCGGUUUUACCGCUGAUCAUGUAAAUGCAGUUUAAGUAUCAACUUCUUUGGCAGCAAGAGGCUCAGUUUGAUGGGAUCGUGCUUUUUUUUUUUUUUUUGUUAUUUAAUAUUUUUGUUAAGAAAUAUGGUGCAUGAAAUGAAAACAAAACGUCAGUUUAACAAUGAUCACAGUUGAAAACACAAACAUAAUAAUAUAAUCAAAGUACUGUGCAUCUUAAAGGUGUAAUCAUUAUAUUCAAAAUUCAAACCUGCAAAACGAGAGACCCCCCCCCCCAACAAAGUGAGGAGGGAACAUGUGUUGACGGCAGUUUUUAAGUCUUGCCAGGAACUCUGGACUGCAUUGAUGCACUCUGCCUCUCCAGAAUACUUGUAGUGUUGGUGCCGUUCCUGUGUCUUUGACUGUUGGACUGAAUGUUUGUGGUUGUUUUUCCAGGUCACAGACAGCAGCAAGGUUUCCUCCACGUUUUCUCAGC